GGGCGCUAACAAAGCACAACGCGAUGUCGUGAAAGCCUGAGAAAGGAAAAAGGCCGAACGCCGGGGGAACAAUCCAAGAGGCUAUUUUGCGAAUAGAAAUUUCUGUAUAUCAAAAUCCACCGUCUGGAUCGAGUAAUGGCAGAAGACCCGUGUUCACAAAUCGAAGCUGAACUGUAUUACCUCAUUGCUAGAUUUCUCCAGUCGGGACCGUGCAAAAAAUCGGCACAGAUCCUAGUAGAGGAACUGGAGGAGUAUGAGCUUAUCCCCAAACGAUGGAGUUGGGAUGGCAAACAAUAUAAACGAAACUUCGAAGACUGGGUGAAGCUCAACCAGCAUAUCCCUGCAGAUUACCUGCUGCGGUUGUGCCAGAGGAUCGGCCCACUGCUGGACAGGGAGUUUCCCCCCAGCGUCCCUGGUGUCCAGACUCUCCUGGGUCUUGGGAAGCAGUCCCUUCUGCGCAGUGCCAAGGGGUGUAGCUACACAGUAUGGAGCGGCACCGCCUUCGCUGCUCUGCAUCGGGGACGGCCUCCGGAACCGCCGCUCGUGUACGGAGGCCCGCCCAACGUCGCUGCCAUCGUGGGGUCCCGGCAGGCCACAGGCGUGGCCCGCUUUGGCCACGCCCUCCCGUCCUCCACCUACCAGCACAUGAAAAUGCACCGGCGCAUCCUGGGCCACCUGUCAUCCGUGUACUGCGUGGCCUUCGACCGCACGGGGCGCCGCAUCAUCACGGGCUCCGACGACUGCCUGGUGAAGAUCUGGGCGACGGACGACGGGCGGCUCCUCUCCACGCUGCGCGGCCACGCGGCCGAGAUCUCCGACAUGGCCGUCAACUACGAGAACACGCUCAUCGCCUCGGCCAGCUGCGACAAGGUGAUCCGGGUGUGGUGCCUCCGCACCUGCGCCCCCAUCACCGUGCUGCAGGGCCACGCCGCGUCCAUCACCUCCAUACAGUUCAGCCCGUCGGUCCGGGGAGCGGCCCGUUACCUGGCCUCCACGGGGGCCGAUGGGACCGUGUGCUUCUGGCAGUGGAACGCCCUCAGCAUGAAGUUCAACGAACGUCCUGUCAAAUUCACUGAACGGUCUCGACCGGGUGUCCAGAUAUCUUGCUCUUCCUUCAGCUGUGGUGGGAUGUUCCUGGCCACUGGGAGCACUGAUCACGUGAUCAGGGUUUAUUACCUGGGCUCUGAGGCACCUAUGAAGCUGUCUGAACUGGAUGCUCACACGGACAAAGUGGUUGCCGUUCAGUUCUGUAAUAACAGUGACAGCCUGCGGUUUGUGAGUGGCAGUCGAGACGGAACCGCCAGAGUCUGGCAGUACCAGCAGCAGGAGUGGAAGGCCAUCACCCUGGACAUGGCUACCAGGUUACCUGGGAGUGGUGUUGCCUCUGGGGACGAUAAGACCAAGCUGGUGGUGACCAUGGUGGCUUGGGACCGUGGGGACAGCUCGGUCAUCACCGCUGUGUCCAACUACCUGCUCAAAGUGUGGAGCUCCACAACAGGCCAGCUGCUGCACGUCCUGUCGGGCCACGAUGACGAGGUGUUCGUCCUGGAGGCUCACCCCUUCGACGCGCGCAUCAUGCUGUCCGCGGGGCACGACGGCAACAUCUACGUGUGGGACCUGUCCAAGGGAGCCAAGAUCCGCAACUACUUCAAUAUGAUCGAGGGCCAGGGUCAUGGGGCCGUCUUCGACUGCAAGUUCUCGGCGGACGGGCAGCACUUCGCCUGCACCGACUCCCACGGCCACCUGCUCAUCUUCGGCUUCGGCUGCAGCAGGCCCUACGAGAAGAUCCCAGACCAGAUGUUCUUCCACACGGACUUCCGGCCGCUCAUCCGCGACUCCAACAACUUUGUGCUGGACGAGCAGACGCAGCAGGCCCCGCACCUCAUGCCCCCGCCCUUCCUGGUGGACGUGGACGGAAACCCCCACCCGACCCACUAUCAGCGCCUGGUGCCCGGGAGAGAGAGCUGCAAGGAGGAGCAGCUGGUGCCCCAGCUGGGCUACAUGGCCAAUGGUGAAGGUGAGGUGGUUGAGCAGGUGAUUGGCCAGCAGACAGCGGGGGAGGAGCCAGAGGAGAGUCCUCUGGAUGGGCUGAUUAGACAGCUGCAGAACCGGCAGGACGAGGCCCAGGACUCGCAGGCGGAGCCUGAAGCGCCCGGGUCACCGGGGGGCCUGGCCUCGCCCCCGAACGUGGGGCUCCGGCGCAGCGGGCAGGUGGAGGGCGUGCGGCAGAUGCACCUCAACGCGCCGCGGAGCCAGAUGGCCACCGAGCGCGACCUGCUGGCCUGGAGCCGGAGGGUGGUGAUCAACGAGCUGCCGCACGGCGUCAGCAGGGUGAUGGAGGAAUGCCGGCUGGUGAAGGGAGAGAAUGAGUGUGCGCUCUACAACAUGGAGAGGAGGAAGAAGCCUGCGCACAGCACCCCCAGGAGUGAGCAGCAGGCCCCGACCAUGCGCUCCCUCCGGCGGACGAGGCACAAGCAGCAGCGCCACACCUACCACACCCGCUCGGCCAUCGAGCGCCGCCCGCCAGACAGGGGGCGCCGGGCGGGCAGCGGCCACAGCGCGGGAGAGACGGACAGCGACGACGAGCAGGCUGAAGAGGAGCAGGCGGAGGUUACAGACGGGUCGUCAGACGGUGAGGACCAGUGGCAGAGCGACAGCAGCUCCAGCGACUCGUCCAGCGAGUACUCCGAUUGGACGGCGGACGCGGGGAUCAACCUCCAGCCCCCGAAGCGGCCAACCAGAAGGCCUACACGGCGGCCUGGCAGCAGUAGCUCAGAGGAGGAGGGGGAGGGGACGGGGGCAGGGGAGGAGGCCCGGAGGCAGCAGCCAGAGAAGAGGAAGAAGUCCAAGCAGAAGAAACCCGGCUCUUCUCUGUCGCUGGGCGGACGCGACGCGCAGGAGUGGCAGCCCCCCUCCUGGAUCAUGGAGACCGUCCCGCGCCGCUCGCCCUUCGUACCGCAGAUGGGGGAUGAGCUGAUCUACUUCCGUCAGGGUCACCAGGCUUACGUCAGGGCGGUGCGGAAAGCCCGGUCCUACAGCAUCAACCCGCAGAAACAGCCGUGGAACAAGCUGGACCUCAGGGACCAGGAGUCGGUGAAGGUGGUGGGGAUUAAGUACGAGGUGGGACCGCCCACCCUCUGCUGUCUCAAGCUGGCCUUCCUGGACCGAGUCUCAGGCAAAAUGACCGGAGACUCCUUCUCGCUCAAGUACCAUGACAUGCCCGACGUCAUCGACUUCCUAGUGCUUCAGCAGUUCUACAACGAGGCCAAGGAGCGCAACUGGCAGCCGGGGGUCCGUUUCCGCAGCAUCAUCGACGACGCCUGGUGGUUCGGCUCCGUGGAGAGCCAGCAGCCCUUCCAGCCCGAGUAUCCGGACAGCCUGUUCCAGUGCUACGCCGUGCGGUGGGACAACGGCGAGAGGGAGAAGAUGAGCCCGUGGGAUAUGGAGCCCAUUCCAGACGAGGCUUCGUUCCCCGAGGAGGACGGCGACGGGGUGCCCGUGACGGAGGAGGAGGUGAAGUCGCUGCUGUACAGGCCGCAGGAGGGCGAGUGGGGCCUCCACACGCGGGACGAGGACUGCGAGCGCGUGAUCCAGGGCAUCGACGACCUGCUGAUGCUGGAGGUGGCCAAAGCCUUCUCGUCUCCAGUGGACCUGAAGGACUAUCCCCUGUACUGUACCGUGGUGGCCUACCCCACUGAUCUCGGCACCGUCCGCAAGAGGCUGCAGAACCGUUUCUACAGGCGGAUCUCGGCCCUCAUGUGGGAGGUGCGCUACAUCGAGCACAACGCCCGCACUUUCAACGAGCCGCAGAGCCCCAUCGUCGCCUCCGCCAAGAUAGUGACGGACGUGCUGCUGCGUUUCAUCGGGGACCAGAGCUGCACAGACAUACUGGAGCUGUACCACAAGGUGAAGACCGAGGUCAGCAGCGACGCUGAGGCGGAGGACGUGGGAACAGACGUAGAAGUGGACUCCGACACUCCUGGGACCUCCACUGGACACCGGCAGCGGGCUCAGUCGUCCUCGAAGAAGCGCGGGGUGGCGCUGGACGUCAACGCGUGGCGCGGGCAGUGCCGCGAGCUGCUCCGCCGCAUGCUGGAGAGCGCCGACUCGGAGCCCUUCCGCCAGCCCGUCGACCUCUUCGCCUAUCCGGACUACAGGGACAUCAUCGACACGCCCAUGGACUUGGGCACCGUGUCGGAGACGCUGGCCGUCGGGAAUUACGAGAAUCCUGUGGAGUUCGCCAAAGACGUCCGGCUCAUCUUCAGCAACUCCAAGGCCUACACCCCCAACAAGAAGUCUCGGAUAUACAGCAUGACCCUGAGCCUGUCGGCGUUCUUCGAGACGCAGGUCCUGCCCAUCAUCUCGGACUUCAAGUCCGCCCUCCGGAACCAGAGGCGGAGCCGGCAGCACCUGAGCUACCGCAAACGCCUACGCAGCAACAGCAGCUCUCCGUCCGCCAGCCGGCCCUCCAGUCCUAAAGGGAAGCACAAGUCAGGGAAGACUCAUUCCAAAUCGUCCUCCAAAUCCUCCCUUUCCGCAGCCAGGAGCAGGUCCAGGAGGUCAUCUCAAGCGUCGGAGGCCAGCGGCUCGGUGGCGGCGGAGGACGAGGAGGACGACGGGGACAGCCAGCCCUCGUCCAGUUCAGGGACCGCCACCCGACGCCGGGGCCAGGGGCCCAACAGGGUGACGCGAAGCCGAGCCACGCCCGUCAAGAGCUCAGAGUUGCUAGGCAACGGUCCCCUGACCAACGGCGCGGGUCGGGGCCUGAGCGCGGCCACGCGGCGGCGGCUGGGCCUGCGGGCCGAGGGAGGGGCGCCGUCGGGCGGGUCCAGCAGCAGCUCCUCCUCCUCCUCCUCCUCGUCCUCCUCUUCGUCGUCCUCCUCCUCGUCCUCGUCGUCCUCCUCGUCGGACAGCGACAGCAGCUCCGAGUCGGAGGUGGCCGAGUUCGUGGACGGCGGCGAUCACGACUACAGCAAGGCCCCGCGCCUUCGCCCCCGCCACGGCGGCAAGGGGGCGGAGCCCCACGCCGGGAAGAAGAGGCGGAGAGAGGACGAGGGCGCCGGGGGCGGAGCCAAGCGAGCCAGGGUGGAGGAGCCGGAGCCCCCGCAGGAGGCGGCAGAGGAAGAGGACGAAGAGGAGGAGGAGGACGAGGAGGAGCCGGAGGAGGAGGAGGAGCCCGAGGAGGAGGAGGAGGAGGAGGAAGAGGAAAACGAAGAAGAGGCGGAGGAAGAGGAAGAGGAGGAGGCUGAGGACCAGGGCGCGGCGCUGAGGCAGAGGAAGGCGCGGCUCAGCCAGCGCAAGUCGGCGCGGGUGAACACGCGCAACCAGGGCCGGCGCACCGUGCUGUACAACGACGACUCGGACGACGACGGCCUGGCGCCCAGCGAGGACCCACUCAACCUGGGCAUGUCCCGCUCCGGCCGGGUGCGCCGCAUGACCGAAAAGGCCCGGGUCAGCCACCUGAUGGGCUGGAACCACUGACCCCGCCCCCGCCCCCGCCCCC